AUGGCCGGUCUAUCAAGAGCUCUUGCUCUGCUCGCGCUCGGCACCGCCGUGCGGGCGUCGCCAUUUUUUGCAUCCAAUGGCACAAUCACUCCACCUCCGACAUUCACUACUGCACCGCCGAGCAGUACUGAUAUUGCAAAUGUCACAUGCGGCACACAGAGUGGCUUUCCAGCCAUCAUUUUGCAAGAAUAUCAAGGCCUAUCCACUAAUCAUGACUUGCAAUGCCAAUGUCUGGAGCAAGCGUUCAGCUGGCUGGAGACAACAGUGAAGCCGACACGAACGCUUACGAGGACUAUCGGAACCGGCAUCACUACGUUUACGGAGACCGUUACGAGCGGCUCGACAACUACAACGUCCAUAGUAACAACGGUUGUAAACACGGUUGAUACCGAAACAGUUACGGGAAACUUUAUUGACGCUCAAACGAACGUGUGGUACGGAUCGGCAUCAUCACCAUGUUGCUAUAGCUGUACUAUCGCUGCCUCUACCGUAGAAGUAUUCUACUGGCCUGAUGCUACUACAACAUCGUCUGGCUUUGCCCAGGUUACCUCUUUCGUAUCAAAUGGCUAUACCUUCCAAUCUCCCUCCAUUUACAUCGGCUUCUCUUCGCUCUCUGCCUUUGACUAUUGUGGCGUGGUCGGCCAGCCAUUUACCAACAUAACAGUUGGAUUUGACCCCGACGAACUAUCAACCAUUGUCUUCGCCGCCUCAGGCUCUCAAACAGAUACCGAUGUCGAGACUGCCACAAACGGUGGCGUUUUUACCACUACCGAUACUUUGACUUUCUACACUCCUGUUGGGUCUGCCGCACUCAACACGAAAGAUCUGGAAAGGAAUUGCUCAACGAUUCUUGGAUACAACUACAUCCCAGGAAAUCCUUCCAAUGCGUUGAAGUCUUCGCCUGACCCCUGCCACCCCACGAUCGUGAUCCCAGAUCGAGUCAGAAGCUUGGACCCAGCUUGGGCGUCUUGUAUUAGAGACGGCUUCGGCGGAUUCUACGAUCCCCCUUCGGCGCUCAGCUCUGUGACUGCUCUCGUACCGACUUCCGCUCCACCACCGACUACAACUACAGCUGCCAGCCCACCUAGGACAUCAAAUACUCAACCAUCAUCGACGCCGCCGCCACCGCCUCCAAAGACGUCGUCUUCGGCUUCACCACCACCACCUCCUCCUUCUAGCUCCAGUAACGCUCCUCCCCCUCCUCCGCCUUCGUCUUCUAGCAAAGCUCCUCCUCCACCACCACCUUCAUCUUCAAGCAACGCUCCCCCACCUCCUCCGCCUUCAUCUUCAUCUCAGGGAGCUGGAGGCAGCAGUGCUAGCAGCCCUCCCGCUUCUAGCUCAUCAGCUGGCGGCAACAGCCCUCCUCCACCAGCCAGUUCUUCAAACGGAGCUGGUAGCGGCAGUGGUAGCGGCACUUCGGCUUCCAGUCCCUCUGGAACUCCUGGAGGAAGCAAUAACGGAGGUGGUAGCAGCGGUGGUAAUGGGGGUAGCGGCAAUGGAGGAAAUGGAGGUGGCAAUGGAGGCUCUAAUGGAGGCGGUAGCAACUCAGGCAACGGUAACGGCGCUGGCUCGCCUCCUAACGGCUCUAACGACAAUAACUCGGGUAACGGCGGCAACUCUGGAGGAAACGGUGGCAGCAACGGCAGUGGAAGUGGCAGCAACGGGAGUGGCAGCAAUGGAAACGGCGGUAAUGGAAACGGCGGCAAUGGAUCUGGAAAUGGAUCUGGAAACAACGGAGGUGGUGCUGCAGACUCUUCAACCAGCCCCCAAAAUACUGGCAGCGGAGCUCCUCCAACUUCCAUCAUCUCAGUGGGCUCAGUGGCUUUCACCGAGAACUCUCAGUCACAGUUCGUUCAUGGAUCGACAACUCUGAUACCUGGAGGACCUGCAGUUACUCUGGGAGGCAACACGCUGUCGCUGCCCACUUCAGGUUCUGAGAUAAUCGUCAAUGGGUCCACUGAACCAGUCUCCGAAGCUGCUUCUGCUACAUCUGGCUCAGAGAGCUCUGCAGCCGGUGAGACCGGCACGCCUGGCUCUCAAGAGACUUCUGGUGGCCCAUCCGGAAAUUCUGGUUCCACCAAUACGGCCUCAUCUGGCCUUCCGUCGUCCUCGGUUCCCUCGAUUCCCAAGAGCGGAGCGUCCGGAUUGGUAUCGGGUGUAAUGACUAACAUCCAGGUUGUUGUUGGAGUCAUGCUUGUUGCAUUUUAUAUCUAA